AUCACUUUUUUAAGUUGACAGUAAAGUAAAUUUCUAGUCUUUUUAUAGUAAUUGUACACUAAUUAAGCUCAAAGAUUGGAACUUUAUGAAUUAAUUUUUGCAGAUAUUAUCUGCAAUUUGAAGAAGAAGAAGAAAGAUGUUUGGGGUGGAAAAGAUAUUGCAUGAAUCAACACCAUUUGAUACGAGUACAGUGAUCUCGAUUACCGUGUUCAUCAGUUUAAUUUGUUUGUGUAUUAUUAUUGGUCAUUUGCUUGAGGAAAAUCGUUGGGCCAAUGAAUCAAUCACCUCUCUUCUUCUGGGUGUGGCGUCUGGAGGAGUUGUAUUAUUAAUACGUAAAGGCCAGAACUCUCGCAUUCUUGUGUUCAAUGAAGAGCUGUUCUUCAUUUACCUGUUGCCACCAAUCAUUUUCAAUGCCGGGUUUCAGGUUAAGAAAAAGCAGUUUUUCAAGAAUUUCUCAACUAUAUUGUCGUUUGGGGUGGUGGGUACAUUAAUAUCGUUCUGCCUUGUAUCAGUAGGUGUACAAUUUCUGUUGAAGAAGAUUGGUUUGACACAGCUCAGCGUUAAUGACUAUCUGGCUCUUGGUGCCAUAUUAUCUGCAACAGAUUCUGUCUGUACCUUGCAGGUCCUAAAUCAGGAUGACACACCCCUUCUUUACAGUGUUGUAUUUGGAGAAGGAGUUGUAAAUGAUGCAACCUCCAUUGUGCUCUUCAAUGCAGUCCAAUCACUUGAUUUAAGCAACCUCAGUGCCAUGACUGCCCUAGCAUUGUUGGGGACCUUCUUGUACCUGUUUAUCACCAGCACUCUUCUUGGUGUUCUUGUAGGGCUGUUGAGUGCUUUUAUUAUAAAGAAGCUCUACCUUUCAAGACAUUCUACAGAUCGUGAAAUUGCGCUUAUGAUGCUUAUGGCUUAUUUGUCUUACAUGAUAGCUGAGCUUAUGGAUCUUAGCGGUAUCUUGACAGUCUUCUUUUGUGGUGUUGUCAUGUCACAUUACACAUGGCACAAUGUAUCAGAAAGCUCAAGAAUAACCUCCAAGCAUGCUUUUGCUACAAUGUCGUUUAUAUCAGAAACAUUCAUCUUCUUGUAUGUUGGUAUGGACACAUUAGACAUUGACAAGUGGAAGGAGAGCAAUGCAAGUGUAGGAACUUACCUUGCUGUUAGUUCCGCGAUGCUGUCUUUAAUUUUGAUUGGACGAGCAGCAUUUGUCUUCCCUCUGGCUAAUAUUUUAAAUUACACAAAGAAGAACAGUGAUAAAAAAAUUAAUUUUUCUACACAGUUUAUAAUAUGGUGGGCAGGACUAAUGAGAGGUGCAGUUACCGUGGCCUUGUCCUACAACGCGUUUUCAGGUUCUGUAGAGGUAUCAAAUGAGAGAUCACUGAUGAUCAGUUGUACUCUCAUUGUUGUUCUGUUUAGUACUCUGCUGUUUGGAACUGUUACCAAGCCCUUGAUUAGAGCAAUUUUGGGAGCUCCAAGACAUGCAGUUUCAUAUGCAAGUGAUAUACCAAGCCUUGAAUAUUUAGACAUACCUUUCCUAGAAAGUCAGGAAAAUCAAGAUAAUCCAGAAAAUCAAGAAACGAAUCUGAAUGGUGAUGAAGAACCUCGUCAAAGAAGAGGAGGCUUCAGUUUGAUUAUGAAAUAUCCUACUGGUGCCGUGCACCACAUAUGGAGGAAAUUUGAUAAUAAAUUUAUGAGACCUGUUUUUGGCGGACGAGGUUUUGUGACAUAUGAACCAGCUUCGCCAACUGGUGCUGCUGAUAUAAGUCAUGAGCAAUAAAUUUUGAUUUAGAGUUCUCAGCUUCCUUUCCUUUUUUCCUUCUAACUAGUAGGGAAGAUUUUGCAAAAAGAAUAAUGUCAAGUACAUCACAGUAUUUUUUUUUUUUUUUUUUUUUUUUUUGUAUAUUGUUGUAAAUUGAGAUAAAAUCUUAUUUGUCGCUAACAUUUUGGAUGGAGUCUGAGAUUGAAAUUGGAGUCAUGGAUGAUAUUAAUGUUAAUAGAAGAUGUUGUUCGCGAUGAACAGCAUUCGAGGCUGUUAACAUUUGAUGUUGAUAAA